AAUGGUACAUACAAACCCUCACCACGUUUUAAUGGAACAAAAACGACACAAAAUAGAAAGGCGGCUUCCUUGCGGUCGAACUCAGAGGGUAUAAUUGAAAGAAGAUCAAGUAUUGUGGGUUUUUGGAAUGCUGGACAUUUUUAUCUCCUAUUCGUUGUAUUUUUCUCAGUCGGUUUGCAGUGCGUGUUCCCUAUUGAGUCAAAAUGAGAUCAAAGCUUUCGGCGGCAGUUAAGUCUGACAUGCUGUUAUUUUCUAUGUGAGUAUGAAGCGGCGAUCCAUUGGAACUGUAUGAGUAAUUCUCUAUAUACUUGGAUGCUUUCAUAUCCAAGGCAAAAAAAACCAUCGCAAAGUAGAUUCUAGGUAUUUAUUCGCCUCCGCAAAACCAGUUUAAACGUUCCCUUUGUUUAGGAUUUGUUGGAUCACCUUCAUUCUGGGACGAGGUCAGGAGGUAUGAGAAUUAAGUUGAUUUUGAUGCUGUCUUUAUUUCGGUGGAUACUACUGAAAAGUUUAUUGUUAAUUAUCGUGUCUAUAAUGCUAACCACAGGCCAACAUCUUCAAAGAUCAUGUUAGGGCGGAGAGGAGAAGAAGCGAUACAAGAAGCCUGCCAUUUCACCGGGAAACACAACUGUAUUCAAGGGCAAGCAGAAGCCACCUUCGCAUUAAUGGUAAACACAUCGACGCAAUGGGAAGAGAUGGCGAUAAAUACGGUUGGUAAAGCCUCUGUAUCCUUCGAGUUAUGAACGGCAGAGUCAAUAUUUCUAGGAAAUAAGCUGACAAUAAGCGAGUCCUGCAACAUUCACUGAAUUUAACAACUUAAGGUCUUUGUUCACGCUACGCGCCAACACGCUGUAUCUGAAGCAGGUAUUUUGCUGUUAAAGUUGUUGCCGUCUUGUCUUAAUCGACUUAUAUUAUUGUAAUAACAUUCGAGGAAAAUUUGAAGGGUUAAGACUGUAAUAAAGCUUUUGUUUCUUUUAACUUGUUGCCAAUGAAUGGCGCCACACGAGUUAAGGAGAUUACAUCGACCAUUAAACUGACUUAAGUAUCAUGGCAGCGUAUAAUAUCUUGCUUUUCACACAUUUUUACAAGAGGCAAUUAAUCGGAUCGUAACUGAGCUAUACCAUUUGAGUUUCAAACAACUUAUCUCUGAAAUCUACUUUCAUUUUGUGUGUCAUCUUUUGAUUUUUUCUUAUUCAGUCGUAGGGCUUUGUAGUCUAAGAUACAGGGUCAUUUUAAAACGAAAUGCUCUUAAAUUUUCUGUGAGUUUAUUCCUUCAGUUACGUUUGGUGUUAAAAAUACCUUACUCAACCGAUUCGCAAGCGCCUAACUGGGAUUGAUAUGGGUUAUAUUUUAGCAGAGUAAUGUUAAAAGUUACUGCUAGCAUUAAUAUUGUAGCAGAAAGUAUACACGCGGAGUUUACAGUUUACUUUAUGCCUUGAUAGAACAGGAUGCAUAACCGGUGAUCGUGAACAGUGCACACUGUCAACUGCGAGCCUUAUUAGCGGCAAAACGACUAAUCCUAACAGAAACAUUAAAGUCAUCGCAUAAGCUAGGAAUUUAAUCUAUUUAUGUCCAGUCAGCGAUUGUUUGUGCUUUAGCGGCGCCAGGCUUUACUGUUGAUAGUUUUAUGAGAUCCCAAUCAAGCCUUUUAGUGCAAGAUUGUCGACCUUGGGGGUCUCGCAAUCAAUAAAAUUUACUUGGUCUUCUUUUUCUGAAUACAGUUGAGAUGGGUCCUCUUGCCGAAAAAGGUGCUUGCCGUAGCUAUAUUAAAGUGAAUUGAAUUGACUCAAGCAGGAAAAAGCUAGCAGCUUUGGACCGUGAAUAGACACGGAUUCACUCAGUACAAACUGUGUAGAGUGUAAAUGAUUAUAACGUUAAGUCAGCGUGAGAGAUUACGAAGAGUUUUAUCCCAGGUUGAUAAAUUGUUACACGCAUCAUAAAUUAAACUUUGCUUAGACACAAUAUAAAAGUUUCCGAAAGAAUUUUCUGAAUUUAUCUUGUGUAAACAAACAAAACGAGCUGUUUGACGAAUUGGAACCUGCCGCUAACCGGUCUCUGCUCUCUUUUCCUUGACAGCCAAGCUGGUCAUCGAGUCAGACAAUUUUGGACGGGUGCGGAUUCGUGGAGCGCUGACAAAUUACUACUUAUGCGUCAAACGGAACGCUUCGCUGAUCGGAAGAAAGGUAAGGUAGCUCUUAUUGCUUAUGGUCAUUUCAUUAUUUUAUGCGCCAAAUGUUUACAGAAUACUGUGUAUUCUUUGUUAAUAGGUAGGAUUAAAAGUAUGGGAGUAGAGCAAAUUUGCAUUGAAAACGUUCACAGAAAGGAAAUUCCUAAGAAUGGCGUAUACCAAAAUUAUUAUUCUGGUAUUCCAAGCGUGUUUUCUUUAAACCAAGUCAAGUUUGAUUAAAAAAUCGUUUCCAUCCAUUCCCAGCAACGUUAACGAAUUAACUAGCGUCAAUAUGUCCGCAUGUUUGGACUUGAAUGACACUUUGUCAAUAUAACCCACGCUUGGGAAAAUUCCCUGUAUAAAGGACAAAGGAGAGUCAAAGGGAUUUCUUGAACACGUCAAAACGUGUAUGGCCAGCUGAACUACCAAAUUAUCUUCUUUACAAAUUUUUACUUUCACGGUUUUCAUGCAAAACGAUUUUUUUUGUUUUUUUGUUUUUGUCUUCCAAAAACACUAUAACUAAACGUUUUUUUUACAGUCAAUCUGUCGCCAUCCCAGCCUUUUCAGACUACUUAUUUGAAAGAAAAUGAGCUAAAUUUCGCGUAGUCUGAGGAGAUCAGAAAAUGGAUAAAUGUUUUUUGUUGAGUAGCUUUGACACGGAGACGCCCAGAGGAUUACAUCCUUAUCAAUAUCAAUUUCCCCGAAAAAUUUCUAAUCUCACUAAACCAAUAAAAUAGAUGAAAGUCUUUAAACUCAGAAAACCAAUUAACUUACUUAAUUGACUUUUCCCGUGAAAGAGACUCCAAAAAAGGUAGAAUUUAUUCCUUUGCUAUAGCUGGGGCGUGCUUUAUACAGAAUUCUUUCUACUUCAAACCACUGUUUUUUUAACGUAUUGUUGAUUGGCAUGACUGUCGUACUUUUCUUCAGGCCCUAAUUAAUCUUAACGAUUAAAAAAACGAAGGCGAGCUCGACACAUCUUGGCUUCGGACCAAGGUUCAGGUUCCAAACUCCUCAGCGACAGAUAGACGAUCAUUCGAGUCUUUUUCACGUGGUUACACGACUGGUCAUUUGUGAUUCAAGGAUGAACUCGGAAUCGAAAGUUGAUCCCUUCUUAUCACAAAAGCUCCAUUUAAAUAAACCUGUGCUAAGCAGAUCACUUCCUCUCUCUUCCCCAUCCCCCCACUUACCCUCCCGUCAGGUCUCGACGUGGCCCACCUUGAGAGUCGGCGUUGAAUUACGUGUAAUCCAGUGAGACAGAGUAACCAACGAGAUACCAUUUCUUGCAGGCCACAAAGUCCAAAAGGUGCGUGUUUUACGAGAAGUACGCCGAAAACCAUUACACAGAAUUUCUUUCAGCUUACAACGAGAGUUGGACAAUAGCAGUGUCCAAGAAGGGCAAAAUGAGGCCUGGGCACAAAGCACGAAGAGGCCAAAGAAACGCUCAGUUCAUUGAACGAGCUUCUAAGAUCAUUAUUCAAACAAAAAAUGUCCGCGAGGCGCUCUAUCAUGGGCUCCGUGACCAUAUCGAGCAGCUCCUACGUGCCUACAGAGCAAGGGAAGGAGGCGAGAACAAGGAGAAGCCGAGAAAAAUGCCACACCCUGGGUACAGUUCAGGGUCGUGGAAACGGAAAGCAAAGAUUAAGAGGAGAGAGCAAAAAAUGAAAUUGCGAUCUGAGAAGAGACUGUUGAAGUUACUUCGUAAAGAACAACGGAGAGAAAGGAGAAAAGAGAAAUUUUAAGUAUCACCAUUUGGUGAACUUGCUCCUCUUAAAUGUAGCUGAUACUUGAAUUUAUCUCUUGCAGAUAUCCCCUAGUCAUUAGUUAGGACCCACUUCGUUCACUUUUCAGGUUUUCUUGAAUUUAUUUUUUCAACACGCAGUCUGCAAGCGAAUUGCGCUCCAACGUUAGACUGAAGUAUUCCUUCGUUCGCCUACGGUAUUUAUUCGAUUAAACGCCGCCCUCGAAUAAAGGCCGCAUUUUAGGGCAGAAAUAUUGAUAAACGCCGCCCUCGAACAAACGCCGCAACAUGGUGCGGUGUUUAUUCGAAUAAUAGACUCAAAAAGCACACAGCAAUCAUUGCUUCGAUCGCAGUUGGAAAAAUUGAACCAGUGAGUGAACCAGACACAAUUUUUAUUAAUGUACCAGUUCUGAUGUCGUGAUAGCAUAUCCGACAUUGGAUGUUUAUUCACUUUACGUAUUGCAGCAGUCUUAACAUGCCGAUCGUGAGAUGACUCUUUAGACAAGCACCAAAAAAUGUUUCUGUUUUUUAAAUUAAAUGGUUAGUUAUCAUACAGUUGUUUGAAAGAAAUAAAUUGGAUUCUAAAUAAACGCCGCCCUCGUAUAAGCGCGCCCUCAAGUCGCGAAAAAUUUAAUAAACGCCGUGGCGUUUAAUUGAAUAAAUACAGUAAGCUUUUAUUCAGCAACUCAUUUUUUGUAGCUGAAGAUCCUCGGCUUGAAUCAUUCGAAAAUAUCAAAUCUGCGAGUCGUAAAUUAAGGAAAAUGUUAGUGGUGUCACGUGUUAUUAAGUCUUAAACAGGUUUAUCAUCAAACUAGAGACAAAUUUCGAUGUGCGCUCAAGGUCAGUCACGCGAGACGCAAGAAAAAUAGAGACGUGGUUAGUUUGACAUCUUUUUUCUUUACAAAAAGUAAAAAAAAAGCUACCAGUUUUAAUUAUUUAUGGUUAGAAGGACCCCUCGUUAUUUCCAAGUUUGAAUAGCGGGCAGAAAUUGCUUCGACGGCAGCACUACCGCUGAAAAUAAAUACUUUUGUUGACACUUCAUCGUAAC